GCCAAAAGCGGGAAAACCAAAAAAAUAAAAAUAAACGCACCCAUAAAGCCAAAAACAGUACAAAUCUCUUGACUCAGGCAGGAGGAAAAUGGCGCCAGUAUUGCAGAGCUCCCAACCUUGGGUUGAAAAAUAUCGGCCCAAGCAAGUGAAAGAUGUGGCUCACCAAGACGAGGUGGUUCGAGUUCUGACCAACACCCUCGAGACUGCUAAUUGCCCGCAUAUGCUCUUCUACGGCCCACCCGGCACCGGCAAAACCACUACGGCACUCGCCAUCGCCCAUCAACUCUUUGGACCUGAACUCUACAAGUCUAGGGUGUUGGAGCUAAAUGCAAGUGAUGAACGUGGAAUCAAUGUUGUUCGUACAAAGAUCAAAGAUUUUGCUGCUGUUGCUGUAGGAUCUGGUCAGCCUCAGGGGGGUUAUCCUUGUCCACCGUUCAAGAUCAUUAUUCUGGAUGAAGCAGAUUCAAUGACCGAAGAUGCACAGAAUGCCUUGAGACGUACCAUGGAAACUUACUCAAAAGUUACAAGAUUCUUUUUCAUAUGUAACUACAUAAGCAGGAUCAUAGAGCCGCUUGCUUCAAGAUGUGCAAAGUUCAGGUUCAAGCCACUUUCGGAAGAAAUAAUGAGCAGUCGUGUAUUGCAUAUUUGUAAUGAAGAAGGUCUUCAUUUAGAUUCAGAGGCUCUUUCAACAUUAAGUUUCAUUUCACAAGGUGAUCUUCGUCGGGCUAUUACAUACUUGCAGGGAGCUGCUCGCUUAUUUGGAUCAACAAUUUCAUCGGAGGACCUACUUAGUGUAUCUGGGGUUAUCCCUCAAGAAGUUGUUGAGGCACUUUAUGCUGCAUGCAAAAGCGGCAACUUCGAUUUGGCAAAUAAGGAAGUCAAUAAUGUUAUUGCAGAAGGGUUUCCGGUUUCUCAGAUGCUUUCUCAGUUAUUUGAUGUGGUUGUUGAGGUAGAUGAUAUACCAGAUGAACAAAAAGCUAGAAUUUGCAAGGGUUUGGCUGAGGCAGAUAAGCGUCUAGUGGAUGGUGCAGAUGAGUACUUGCAGCUGCUGGAUGUGGCCAGCAAC